AUGAACGAUGAAAAAACUAUAGAUUCCAUCCCAAUCGAUCUCUUUCACGAGAUCUUUUCAAGAGUGCCUAUGAAAUCAAUCGGGAGGUGUCGUUGCGUUUCGAAGCAAUGGUCGUCCAUACUUGUCCGUCAAGAUUUCAUGGAGUUGUUCCUAACCAAGUCCUCGACUUGUCCACGUCUCUUAAUUGCUGCAAGAAAACGACACAACGAUGAAUGGCUCUUCUACUUGUCACCUCACCCUCAUAAUUAUAAUGAGAAGUCUUCUGUAAUAGCCGCCGAGUUCCAAGCCAAGUUCCUUAAAACCACAAGUGGUUUUCGUAGUGGUUGUCGUGUCCUCUAUGCAUCUGGUUUUUUCUACUUUUCGAAUGUGUUGAUCUCAAACAAUAACGAUGAGGAUUCAGUGGCUGUGAUAUGUAAUCCACUCACAGGAAGCUUUUUCAUGUUUGAUCCGAUUAGCAAGGAGUUCAAGGUGUUGGUCAUAAACAUUUUAGUUAAUAAUGAAACGGUUUAUAAUAUUCUGACAGUAGGAACUGGAAUAAUGAGGUGGAGGAAGAUCCAAUGUCCCUUUAACCAUAUCCCUACUGAUAAAGGGAUUUGCAUCAAUGGGGUUUUGUAUUACUCCGCGGAAAACAAUGUGAUAGUUUGCUUUGAUGUUAGGUCAGAGAAGUUUAGGUUGAUUGACCAAAAAUACUAUUAUCAUAAGUUGAUAAACUAUAAGGGUAAGUUAGGUGGGAUUAUGUUGAAGUAUGACUAUGAUAGACUAAUGGAUAGUAUGUGGACUACAUGUGAGUUACAUAUGUGUGUUCUAGAGGAUAUCGAAAAACAGGAAUGGUCUCAAUAUGUCUAUUGUCUUCCCGAGACAGAAGACCGCAAACGUUUGUCUGUUAUUGAGAUGACUAGUGCUACAAGUGAAAUUGCUUUAUUUGACUUCAACUACACAUCUAAGCCUUAUGUUUACUACUUCAGUCCUGAGAGGAAGAGUCUCCAUCGUGUUGAAAUUCAAGUUGUUGGGGAUAAAUGUGUUGGUGGUUAUUAUACCUUUAUUGUAGACCAUGUAGAGGAUCUUGGUGUUAACGAUAAGCAUCUCAAGUUAAGCAUCUAUGAUCAUAGGAUUGUUGCAUCGUUUGAGAGUAUUAACAAAUUUGAUACUUUGUGUCGUUUAGAUGAUGAGUAG